AUGGUAGAGAAAGCCCACAUCGCCAUCUUAUUGAGCCUUGGUGAUAAGGUUCUUCGACAGGUUUCGAAGGAGACGACAACGUCUGGAUUAUGGGUGAAACUUUUGAGAACUUCAAAAGUUGGAAAAUUGUUGGAGCACAAGUCAUCUUUGAGUGGUGAAGGCUUGUCGGUUAAGGUGAAAUUUACAAAGAGAGAUGACAAGUUCGACAAGAAGAAGGGUAAAAGUCAGCAAAAGUCUUAUAGUGGUGAUGUGUCUAGUAUUCAAUGUUAUCAUUGUAAGAAGGAGGGUCAUACAAGAAAAGUGUGCCCUGAACGCCUGAAAGAUCGUGUAGGUAAGGAUAAUGGAGUCGCAGCCAUUGUUCAAGAUGAUUUCGACUCAUCUGAUGCUCUUGUGGUUUCAAGCGAUGACUUAAGUAAAAAGUGGAUUAUGGAUUCACGUUGCACUUUGCACAUGACUCUAAAUAAAGACUUGUUUGAAGAACUAUGUGAUCAAGAUAGUGGAUAUGUAUUGCUUGGAAAUAAUAAAGUUUGUAAGAUUGCAGGUGUUGGAUCUAUGAGAUUCAAGCUCCAUGAUGAGUCAAUAAGGUUGUUGGCUGAAGUCAGGUAUGCACCUGAUUUGAAGAGAAAUUUGAUUUCUCUUGGUGAAUUCGACAAGAAACGAUAUGUUUUGCAAGGAGAUAAAAGUAUUCUAAAAGUCAUGAAAGGGUCGAAGGAAGUCUUAAGAGGCGUGAAGAAACAGGGAUUGUAUACCCUUGAGGCUGAAUUUGUUUGUGGUUGUGCAGAUGUUGCCUCCAUGAAACCUUUGUCGAAGAAAGAAAUUUGGCACAUGAGAUUGGACCAUAAGGCUAAGGAUGAAACUUUUGAGAACCUCAAAACUUGGAAAAUUCUUGAAUUUUGCAAUAAGGCAUUUAACCAUUUUUGUGUAGCCUUUAGUAUUGCAAGGCACGAAACUACUGCAGAUAUAAAGACAGCUGAAAAAGCUUGGUCGGGACAUCCAUCAGAUCUCGAAAAGCUUAGAGUAUUUGGUUGCAUAGCCUAUGCUCAUAUUAGGCAAGAAGAGCUAGAACAUGAAGAAAUUCUUGUUAAGGUGGAGCAUGUCGAUGCUGAUUUGCGUAUCCCAGAUCAAGUCAAAGAAGAAGCACAAGAUGCUGAACAUAUUGAGGAAGUUGAGGAAAUUGUCGAUGACUACCUGUUGGCAAGAAAUACGCCGAGAAGAGUCAUUAAGCCACCUCAAAGACUUGGAUAUGCAGAUCUCAUAGCUUAUGGCUUAAUCUCUGCAAGUGAGGUUCUAGAUGAAGAACCUAGAGACUAA